AGACACUGGUGCGUGCGGGCGUGGUGGAAGGCUGGUGGUAUCUGCCAUGUCUUGGGGUGUUGUCGUUGGCGGAUGAUUGGGCUAUGAGCAGUGGCAAUGUGGACCUGGGGGAGUCCAAGUCGCCACGCUCCUACUACAAGACGUGGCCGGACCCGAAGGCGGCCGCGCCAGAAUGCCGGUGCCAGGUGCGGGCGGGCGCCGAGUCGAGCGGCGCCGGCGACGCAGGCCACGUGUACCAGCACCGAUGUCAGACGUGCGACGUGGCCGACUGCAUGCACCCGUGCCGCACGCCAGGCCGGCAUCGCUCCAAGCUGGGCCUGAGCGGGCCGCCGCCGCCGCCGGACGAGGCGGCCCUGCUGCUGACCUGCUGCUGCCACCAGUCGCGCUCGGCGCCCUCGGCCAGCGUGCUCUGUCUGGACACGCUCAGCAUCGGCUACGACCGGCGCACGCGGCGGCUGAUGCUGAGCCCGGAGCCGGCGGCGGCGCGGCAGCCGCCGGCCGCCGAGCAGAAGCCGGGCCUGGAGGAGGAGCGGGACAGCGGUGUGGGUGAGAGUCCGUCCAGCACGCUGCAGCAGGGCGCACUGGCGCCGCGGCCGCUGCGCCGCCCGGGCCGCGCCGCCGCCGCCAAGAAGCGUGGCAUCUCCGGUCUCUUCUCCCGAGGCCUGUUCUCCUGGCGGUCAAAAGACUCUCAGCCCGCUAGUGGCCCGCCGUCCCUCAGUGCUCCUGGAUGGGGGAUCUUCAGUAGGGCUUCCCAAUGCGAUGGAGGAGCUUCGCACGCACUAUUGCCGACGGCCAGCUGCACGAGCCUGACGAGCCUGGCGAGCAGCGCCGGCGACUCGCCGAGCCGGCCCGGCCGCCGCCACUCGGGUCUGCAGGCGGGCAGCCAGGGCCUCAUCCUAGAGACGCGGCCGCGACACCUGCCGGCCAAGAGCAGCAGCGAGGAGACGCGACACCGGCUCGAGCACGAGCAGAUGCUGGAGCAGGCGCGCCGCAGAGAUCAAAAGAACUCGAAGUCACGGAAAAAAGCUUUGCAGGCUCGGCUCAAGACGGAGCAGAGCUUGGCACAAAGCUCAAAAGUCUGGAGCCAAGACAUUCUGCCUAAUUGGAACAAGGUGCGGCACACGCGUAAGGUGGCCGACCUCUGGUGGGGCGGGCUGCCGCCGAGCGUGCGCGGCCGCGUCUGGAUGCUCGCGCUCGGCAACGACCUGAACGUCACGCCUCAGCUGUACCGCGUCUACCAUCAGGAGGCGCUCUCCAUUCUGGAGCUGGCGCAGGCCGGCUCCGGGCCGCGCACCAGCGCCGGCGACAAGGAGAGCUCCGUCGAGCUUAUCCGCCUGGAUGUGGCGCGUACCUUCCCCCAGCUGGGCCUCUUCCAGAAGGGCGGACCCUACCACGAGCUGUUGCACGAGCUGCUGGGCGCCUACGCCUGCUACCGGCCCGAUGUCGGCUACAUCCAGGGCAUGUCGUUCAUCGCAGCCGUGCUGCUGCUCAACCUGGACCCGCCGGACGCCUUCGUCGCCUUCGCCAACCUGCUCAACCGGCCCUUCCUCUUUCACUUCUUCCAGCUGGACCACGGCAUGAUGAAGGCCUACUACGCCACUUACACGGCGCUGCUGCGAGAGAACCUGCCGGAGCUGUGGCGGCACAUGGAGGCAGAGGAGGUGACGCCGCAUCUCUACCUCGUUGACUGGCUGUACACGCUCUUCUCCAAGUCGCUGCCGCUGGACGUGGCCUGCCGCAUCUGGGACGUGUUCAUGCGGGACGGCGAGGCCUUCCUGGCGCGCGCCGCGCUCGGUAUUCUGCACCUGUACGAGGAGCAGUUGCGCGACAUGGAGUUCAUCAACCUGGCGCAGUUCCUGACCGGCCUUCCCGACGACCUGUGUCCGGACGCGCUCUUCAGGUCGAUCGGCAAGGUGCACACCCACAUCGGCAAGCAGUCCUUUCACGAACUGGUGGAGCUCAACCGACAGGCGUCGACCACUGAGUCGCCCUGAACCGAGACAUCGCGACCGAGACUUCAGAAGGGUGGAGACGAGGACGGAAACGGGUGUGGACUGGGAUAGGACAGAGACAGAGACAGAGACGGAGACGAACACGGGGACGGCGACGGUCGCCGGGACCGUGACUGACACGGAGACGGCGACGGACAAGGGGACGGAUACGGAGACGGAGACAGAGACGGGGA